GCGUCGCGGGGAAGCAACAACUUCGCUUUCCUCACCCUUGACGCCAUUGCUCAGCUUCUCCUCUUCAGACUCUACGGAGUUUAUAUAUAAAGAGAGAAAUACGGGAAUCAUUUGCUGUAAUUUACAGAAUCAUCAGAGUAUUUCUUGAAUCUCUACAUUCCCUUCUUCUUCUUCUUCAUCAUCAUCUUCUUCUUCUUCUGCAAAGGCGGAUAAAAAACCCUAAAGGAUUUCAAGAAAUCUUGAAGAUUUGGGAAUUGCUGAGAUUUGAUCGAUGUUAGGCGAGUUUGUAACCAGAGUUCUAGUAUUGGUGCUUGGAUAUGCAUACCCUGGAUUUGAAUGCUUCAAGCUUAUGGAGAGCAGCAGGAUUGAUGUAGAGCAGCUCUUGUUUUGGUGCCAAUACUGGGUAAUUGUUGCAAUUAUCACCAUCUUUGAGAGGUUCUUUGAUAUCUUCAUUUCAUGGGUGCCUUUAUAUGGGGAGACGAAGCUGGCGUUUUUCAUCUACCUGUGGCACCCGAAGACGAAGGGAACGAGAUGGGUGUACGAGGCAUUCCUAAGGCCUCUGGUGAGCCAGCACGAGCCCGAUAUUGAACAAAGGCUGCAGAGAUACAGAGCACGAGCCGCCGAUCUCCUCCUCUUCUACAUCAAAAACUUCACCGAACAGGGCCGCUCCCUCUUCCUCGAAAUGCUCCAUUACAUCACCGCCGGCUCCUCCAGCUCCACCUCCAGCUCCAAAUCCAAGAAAAAUAAACGGUCUGAAGACGACCCCCUCGCAAUCCGACGGUCAGAAAAAGAGAAGGACGAUUUCUCUUACAGCCCCGAAGUAGAGGAGGCCUUCCGCGCCGCCCAGGGGACCCAUCGCCGAUCCAAACCCCAUCGCUAGAAUCAUCAAAAGCCUUUUUUUUUUUUUUUUGAGCUUCCCUGU